GCCUCUCAAAGAACAGAGCGUGUGCAGUGAGUGGGGUGACCAUCAGCAUCGACCACUCUCACUUUAGCUGUAGUUAGGGUGGUGUGUGCUUGGUGUGUGUUUUGUUUGCAUGGAUCAUUAGUGCUUUUUGAAAGAAGACAAGGGCUUUACUUCAAAUACAGAACUUGACUGCUAUUAAACAUGAUGGGAUCAUUAAGGUCAAUGCUGCUGUUACUUCUUACCACUACACUGAGCCACAAUGCUCUAGGAAAGCCACAAGAUGAGGAAGAUGUUAAGAUAAUCACUAAGCCUUCACCAGGAGAAGAAUAUGUCCUGAUCCACAGUGGCAAAACAGUUAUUCCUGCAAAACAUCCAAAACAUGUGGAAAGAUAUGUUGUGAAAGACUUUUCAACAUCACAUAAGAUACCCAGCCAAACAGCUUCUGAGAAGUCUUUAUCACCACCUCUUACCAAGCCUGAAAAUGUAUUCUCAACUUCUCACAAAAUCACUCGAUAUCAUGCACCUUUAGUCAAACGUUCCACAGACAGUGUGCAAACAAAUUCCGAUGAGAGUGAAAACUCAAGUAGGAGUGCCUUGCUCAGAGUUCUGUCUCAGGCAAUUCUUGCACCUGAUCAGGUUUUGCCUCAAACUGAAAUAAAGUUAGUUCCUGAAACUGAAGAGAUCAGAACUGAAUAUUCAGUAGUAACAAGCAAAUCUAGGAAGGUGGUUCCAACAGCAAAACAUGUUCCAGUAGUCAAAAUUGAAUCUAAAGGUGAUUCUGGAGUAAUUGAAGAGAAACUGGAGGGGCCAGAUAUGCAUAAAGUAAUGCAAAAGAAACUAAAUGUAGAAGAAGGAAAGGAAAGCAAAGACACAUCUGCUGAAUCUGAAAAGAAGUCUGAUGACAGUCUAAUUAGUAGUGUUGAAGUGAAACCUGUGUCUCAAGUUGGUGUCACAAGUCCAAAAUUUGAAACCAAAGAAGGUGACAUUUCAGUACCCAUUCAGAAGAUAGCAGCAAGUUCUGGCCAAGUCACAACUACAACAGUGCUUCCACUGACUAGCACAUCUGCAAUUCUAACAAAGUCAAAUUUUGACAUAAUUCCAGUCAAUCUUGUAACAGAUAAAAUGAAGAAAGAAUAUGAAAAAGAUCUUGACUUUGUAGACUCACCACUUGGUGACAAACUUCUUGUGCCAGCAGGUUCAUCAAGUAACCAGCAAUCACGCGUAGAAGUAAAGAAAGGCCCGAAUGGACAGGACUAUGAGUAUGAGUACGUUUACUAUUAUUAUGAUGACGAAGAUAACGAUACCAUUGCCACAGCUGGUGAAAAGUCACAUGUUACUGCAAGCCCACCCACAACUACUUCUACCACUACAGAGAGAACAUCAACUUCUGGGAAACGAUAUUUACCAACAGUUUCUCCCAAAGACGCCACUGAUGAGGCAAAUCACGCAGCAUCUGCAAGAGGACGCAGCAGAAACAGAAGUCAGCCUCAAGGAGCAACAGAGCAACAAAAUCCUGAACAUCUGGAAAGUAAACCAAGUAAUGGAAGACAACGCUACACAACAAUUGAGAGAAGCAAAGGGGAAGCCAGUACAGCAGUGGCUCCAGAAUCAUCAAAUGAAGUACUACCACCUUCUCGUGGAUCAAGGUUCCGUGGCCGCCAGUUAAAUCUACAAACAACUACUCAGCCUUCUGAAGAACUCACACCUGCCGCCGAGGAGCGCCUACCAGCCAACACUCGCUUCCCCCCACGUUCAAGAUCUAAUCACAACAGUGCAACAGUCACCACUCCAUCCAUAGAAGAACCACUGUCUAACAGAGGACGCUCAUCACCUAGUAGUGGCGGAUCAGGACCCACCAACGGUGUAAGGCGCCCCAGUCUAGAACUGGUGGAUAGCAGCUCAUUUAGAACACAUUCCAGUGAUGUGUCACGUGGCCAGGAUCUAACAUCACAACCACCUUCAUUCCCUUCUACGCUUCCAUCAGGACCAUUUAGAUUCCUUGGAGUAAUUCCAAAUGAGGAGAGUGUAGAGAAAGAAGUUAAGCAUCAUCCUAGCAGAGUCCGAGGAAGAGGAGAGCUGGGAACAGUUACAUCAGCAUCAGUAGAAAAUGCAGACACAGAAAUAACCAGCAGCAGACGUGGACCUCACAUUCGCAGACCAUCUACACCACCACUUCCUCCAGAGUUAGAGGAAUCUGAUGGACUGCCUGAUGAAACCACUGAAAGCAUUCAUACAGAUGGAGUUAUACAACCAGUAAGUCAUGAUGUAAGACCAUCAGUCACUGAGCUUCCAGAAACAGAUGCCACAGCAGAUGAAAACACUGUCUCAACUACAGAAGAAGAUACUGCAUUAACAGCUGCUAUGAUGGAUAAAGCAGCAUUGGACUUGUAUGCCAUUUUUCAACAGACACAAGAUGAAAAUGCUAGUAACUAUGUAGAUGAGAAUGCCACAGACAGUAGCCUUGAGGAAGAUGAAGAAAAGGAGAACAUCACAGAGGGCAUUAACACAACCGUUGCAGUCACCACAACUACAACCACUACUACAACCACAACCACAACAGAGGCACCCACAACUACUACAACUACCACAGAGACACCUACAACUCAAGCAACUGGAAGUAAUCGCUAUAAAACUAGAAGGAUAGGCCAUCGUGGACAGAAUGGGCAGAACAAGUACCGUCCAAACAGUGCAUCUACUUCUACAACAGAGCCUGCACCUAUAGAAACCAGUACAAGAACAAAAGGUCGAUUUGGUAGUAACAGGACCCCAAUUGGAAGUGGAUCAUUUGGACGACGUGGUCAACAAAAGACAACAUCUAAACCAGUGGAGGAAGAAGCUGUGAAAGAAGAGAGCAAGGAAGUGACCUCAACAGCUCCUAAGAAUAAUGGCUUUCAUAGGUCACGAUUUGGAACAACAAGAAGCACCAGGGUAACCAGCACAACAGCCGCAACUCCUGAAGCAGUGUCCACUUCUUCAGGAACACAUUCACCACGGCCUGUGUUUGCAGAUAGAUAUAACACGAAGCGUCGCAGUGGACCCACCAGAGCAACAUCAGCACCAUUAAGUGACAUAACCAAAGCAGACAAUUCAAGCACAGAAGAUAACAGCGAACCAGCAAUAUCUUCUGAACUGUCAGUCACCACUCCUAGGACAACAGGGAGGAGCAGACUAAACAUUGGUGGUGGUCCUCGACCUCUGCGCCCAGGACCAAAAAUCAACAUUGGUGGACGCCCAAGACCAGGUGCAGCCCCCAUUUCUGUAACCACAACACAAGCUGCUCCCACUGAGCCUGAACAAGAAGGAAAUGAGCAAGCAAGUCAUCCAACAACAGCUGAUGAUACAAAACCUGAAGCACAGGAACCACAAGAAACUGUAACAACACCAGUUCCAGAUGCACUUACACGUUUACGGAGUCGUCCACGGUUACAUGUGACUGGUGCUACGAAACCCACUAGUGCACCUGCAGCCAAUAGCAAUAAUCGCCGUCACUUGGUGUCAUCAUUACUUCCAAAGAGACGUCCCCUCCAACCAGCUCCAGAAACGAAGGAUUCUGAGGCAGCUGAACCUCAUGAUUCUGAUGAUACAGCUGAAUCAGAAUCACCUGCUAAACAGAGUGGUAGUGAAGAAACUCAAGAAACUGUUGAAGUAACAGCAACAUCAGCAAAUGAAGAAACUCAUGAUACCCCGCGUGAAAAUCGUCUCUCUUCAUUACUGUCAGGAAGAAGAAGAGCCAAUGUAGCAAGACGGCCAGGAACUCUUCUUCCAUCAACAGGGAAACAGUUGAGCCAAGAUUCAGCAUAACAUCUGUUGCUAGAGUAAAACAGGGCACUUCAUUCAGAACAGUACACGUGAACAGUGAGGUACUUUUCUUUUAUGUUCAAAAGGAAGACAAUAGGGAAAGUUAAAUAAGAGUGUUUUUUUUUUCUUUUUGUAUGGACAACAGUUUUCAGAGUAAUAAACUCCUUACACAUAAUACAGCCCAAAUAAUUUGAAAAUGGACUGGAUUCUUCAUUUGUGCACUGUCAUAUCCACAUUCUACAAAAGGGCCAGGUAAAUACCAUAUUUUACUUCACUUAGUGUUAAACACAAAAUCUAAAUUCUUUAUUCCCACGUGCAGCAUACUGUGUUUUAACCUCUCAUGCAUUUCACAUUUCACUAUAAAAUAAAAUUUUCUGUCCUGUCAAGUAACAGAAAUGAGUAAAUUGUAGCAAAUACAAAAUAACGAUACAUGUCUUAUGACACUUUCCAUUCUAUACGAGUGAUGGACAAAAAAGUCUCCAAACUUUUCUGUCUUCCCAUAAUCUUACCUGUUGGCUUGCUGGGCCUGCCAUAGCUUGACUGGAGCCAUAUUAGCCACCAUUUUCAGGGUUCCUGUUGGGCCUUCUCAGCUUUUUUGGUGGUACUGUGCAUCACACCAACAAGUAGUAUCCUAUUUUAUUUUACUCCCUCCUGCUGCAUGGACACUUAGGCUCUCUUUCAAGAGAGACACAUUAAGCAUUAUAUCUGUGGUUGUGCACUUGUGGUGGAGUGCUGUUUAAACAUAAAAUCAUGCAUUUAUUCUACAAUGGCCAAAAAAAUGUAUAUUGGAACCGCUAUUAAAAACACUUCUGUCUUUGUUCCACAAAUCAGACAUUUUUGAUACCUGAGAAGCAAAAGCAGCCAUUUCUUUGAAACACUUCACAGAAGUCUUAUGUUCUUAGUUAAUCUGUCUCGAAAGAAACAAGCAAAACUUUGUUCACUGUCACUUACCAUUCUCCAAACAAUCCCAGAACAAAAAUAUUAUUUAAUUAUAAAUUACAGCUGAAAAGAAGCUAAAAUUUAAGGAUUCUCCAUGAACAGGGCAUUGCUGAGGUCAAUUAGCAUUCUUUGUUGUAAGUACAGCUGUGACUGAUAUGGGUAUUAAUAAGAAUAUGAUUCUGGAACUAUUAAAUUCCUGAUUCAUCACUGGUAGUAAUUCACAGCAAUGUUAGCAAUUUAACUUUGGUUAGGUUAGGCCCUAUGUUGUAAAGAUCAGACCUGGAAAUAACUAUAUUAUCCAGCUGUAUUACAGAGGACCUAAAUACUAGUAUACUUAACAUAUUUAUAUGAAACCAGUUAAUUAUAAAUACCUCCAUAACAUUGUUUAAUACUGUGGUAUUAAACUGGUUUACAGUGUGUUUCAAGAGGAAAAAUGAAUAUAUUAAAGGAUAUUAUGCCUGAAUUUUCUGUUCUGAAAAUGAACACAGAUGAACCUACCUACUAAAAGAAAUUCUUAUGACCAUCUGUUACAUACAGAAUGAAAAACAUACCAUAAUAAAGCAAUAUUAAAAUCAUUUAAACACACAGACACUCUAGUGACACCAUGCUAGUUAUGUGGUUACUACAAAAAAAUGAGCAAUAAGUUAUUCUGUUAAACAAUAAUAUGUAUAUUUUGUUAUUCUGAAAAUUGAGUAAUAACUAUGUAGUGUGGUAGUAGUGUAGUAACUUUGUGUGUGUUGUUCUUUCUAAAAUUAUGAUCAUUCAAUGAAAACUCCAUAGAAUUCAACAGGCACCAGACUUUCACUGUAGCAGUCAAAACAGAAAGAUGGACACAAAUCCUUCUCCAACACUUUUAGAGCGCGGUUCUAAUUUUUAUACCAGUUGCAAAUGCAUCUGACAUCAAGAGACAUGUCAUAUAACUCAAAUGUUUAAUUUUCUUCCAACAAUAAACAAAUGAAGAAGGAAUGAGUGAAACAGACAUAAAUAUACAUCCAUGAUCUUCAGUUUGAGAAUCAACAAAAGGCAUUUAAUGAGGAUUAAUACAGUUAUUAAUUGGCAAUUAUUGGUAUUAUUUUAAGAUAAGAAUACAAAUUUAAAACCUCUUCACAUGGCAUAUGUCUACAUCCGAAACUAAAAUAUAAUUAUUACCAGACACAAUUAUAAGGCACAAAGAGAAAUGAUGACAGAUGAAUAAGCUUACGGGCCAGUAUGCACUAAAGAAGGAGUUCCUCAAUAAGUUUCUUCCGCUAAACAAAAUAAGAAUUAAUUGUGCCUGGUGUCACCCACAGACCCAUAUAAGUUGUUACUUAACCUGCUAUUAUUAUUGGUCUGUAAUCAAUGUUGAAUCCACAUAUUUUCUCUGAAAAAUAGUUAACAUAAAGAUGGAUUUAAAAGUCAA